AUGUCUCAAACCAUAAAAGCAAGUAAAAAGUCUACUAACGCAAUCUCAAGCCCUACUACUGUAGAAUUUUCAGAUCAGAAAAAAAUAAGUUUGGAUGACAAAUCCAAGAAAAAGUGCAUCCAAGUUAACUUAACCGACCAAAUCAUUAAACGGUUAAUUAGUGCGCAAAAUGAUGGAAUAAAACUGAAAGUCAAAUUUUCCGAUAAAAUGCAAUAUAAUGUUAAUGAUGGUAAUGAACCUAUCGAAUUGGAAAAAUCGGAUAUUGAUCAACAGACAAAAGUAAUAAUUUCUAAAAGUGAUUCCAUGGAAGUAAUUGGCUCUGUAGGAAUACAAGUGAUUGAUCAACCAUUCCCUGACCCUACAACUUUAAAGCAUAAAUCAAAAUUCCAUGCUCGUAAAAAUAUUGUUAAAGGAAAAACAGAUGAAAAAGGUAUUACACAAAUUGUAACAGUAGUUGGAUCUGGUAAUAGUAUUCAUAACUUUGCUUCUUAUAAUGAUGAACCUGGGGUGCCUCUACGUCAAAGAAUAAUACAUCUGGUAGCCAGCACUGAACUUUCAACCAGUGAUAUUGCUAAAAAAGUUUGUGAAAAUAAAGAUGCAGUGGAAAAAGUCUUGGAAGAAGUAGCUAAUGAACACAAUAAAGUUUGGAGGCUUCAAAGUCAAUCAUGGCUUGAGGUUAAACCAUAUGAGUGGACUGGAUAUUCAUCAAAUCGUGUAAUUGAAGAUGUGGCAAGUAAAAUGAAUAAAGCUCUUGAUGAAAUGGAAUACUCCCCAAAUCAUCCCCAAAGACCCAAACCACGACCUACAUCUAAACCAAACAUAAUUGGUAGCAAGACUUGUAGUAGAUCUACUGAAAUUUCGUCAACAACAUCAAAAUCUAAAUCAAUUGAAGUAUCUACUAGAGUUGGUAGACCUGCAAGAGGUGCUAAGACAGUUAGAGGCACUACCAGAGGUGCAAGGUCUGGCAGAGGUGGUAGAGGUGGCAAAACAAUUACAUCAAGUUUAAACAAUGAUUCUGCUGUUAAUGAAAAGGCUGACUCUGCUGCAGUUGUUACAAUUACAUCUAGGGGAGGUAAAUCACAUUCACGUGGAGCUAAAUCAACUAGAGGAAGACAUCCUAGGAAUUUAUCUACAACAACUACAUCUUCAAUUAACAGUUCCCCCGCAUCAUCCUCAACAACUACAGAACCUUCUAAAAAGCAAAAGGCCAAAGUAAUUGAACAAACAAACGCCUCUGAUAAUUCGUCUACUACAACAACCACAAAAACUGCUUCUGCCACAAAGGCAAAGAGAGGUAGACCAGUAGGCUCCAAAAAUAGUAGAGGAGGUAAAACUGCUUCCUCAAGAUCAAGUAUAAAUAAAUCAACUGAUAUAAAAAGCACUACAUCUACUGCAACUGCUAUCACAACUGCUGCCACCACUGCCACCACAGUAACAGCAGUAGUAAACAAACCAUCAAUUCCAUUGGAAGAUCAAACACUAAUAACAGUACUGUUAUUAAAUCAAGUUCCAGUUUGA